AUGAAUCUGUGGGGAAGGAUGAUCAUUCGGCUUCUUGGGCAAAGGAAUAGCAUGAAUAAAUAUUUUCUCCUUAGUGGGAAAAAGGCAUCAUUUUCCUUUCACUUGCAAAAAAAAAGGGAUACCAUAAAAGAAACAGAAGAAUCCUAUAACUUUGAAGAUGCUUUGAUUAGACGUAUUUCAAAAAUGAACAAUACAGCGUUGGCACAUACUUGCGAAAAUACUAACAAAAGGAGAAUUAACAACCCUUAUAUUUGGGAAUUAGUUCACGAUAGAAUAAAAGUUAUAAGAAAUUCAUUUAGCUUAAAUGAGGUAGUUGUAAUGUUCCAUGCCUACUGUAAUAGCACAUCAUAUGAUCCAAAAUUCACACAUUUGAUAAACUUAUUCUGGGAUAUAUUAGAAAAUAAAUUAGGGGGUCUAGAUUAUUUAUCAUAUAUAGCUUUAUACUUUUGUGCAGAAAAAACAAAAGAUGAAAAAAAAAUGGAAGAAAUUAGCACACUGCUUCAAAAAUUGCUAUUAAAUAAUGACAUUGCAAAAAUGAAGAUUACUGAAAAGGGACUAAGUAUUAUUUUAAAAACCUUUUGUUAUAAUAAUAAAAAAGAAAUUGGAAACAAACAUGUCAAAAUUGUUGGGGAACUUAUGCAAAAAGUUGAUGUAAAGGAAGUGGGGAAUAUCAUGUUAUGUUUGUUUUUUUUUUUUAAACAUGAUGUAUUUGAUGAGUCUUUCGUUGCAAUUUUAAAAAAAGUCCAGUACUUGUUAAUUUUUAAGCAAAUAAAUCCGCAUGUUGUUUUGAAAUGCUUAAGAGUUACAUCCAAACUUAGUAAUAAUGAUAUCGCUCUGCAGGAAGUUAGAAAUACUCUAUGCAUUGCUACAUUAGCUCAUUAUAUAACUAGUGGUGUUUAG